AUGGAAUUGGGUGAAUCAAACUAUGCUCUUAUAUCAAGCCCAUACGAUAGUUUUAUGCGAAAACAUCUUCAACACUAUGGUUAUUUUACCGGCCGAAGUGAAAUCAUAAAAAAAUAUGGCUUUGUUCCUUCAAAAUCUCAACUUAUAUCAUCAUCGAGCGACUCUGAAUCGAGUUCUGGUGAUGAAGAUCAAGCAAAAUAUAAAGGCAAACCAUUUGUUCCGGAUCGAAGAAUACCUGUUCGACAAACUCGUCUUUCAUAUAGUUUAAAUGUACGAGGUCAAAAUGAUGAAGGUUCAUUUGAACCACGAUGGCCCAUUGAAAUUGAAGUUUUAACCGAAGGACGUGUUAAACAUAUUAAUGUACCACCGCAACAGCCCGAACUUUUCUAUAAACCAACUACUGGUCAUAUGCCAUUUGUUCGUAGUUAUGAUGAGAAUAAUGGUCGUGUUGUAUUUAAUUAUAGUCCAGAAACAUGUGGUUAUUUUAUUCGAUCUCGAAUCGGUGGUAAUAGAGAAGGUUGUAGACCAGCAGCUGUAACAAUUCGAAAUUCUGAAGAUACAACUGUAUUAUUUGAAUCUCGUUUUGAAAGUGGAAAUCUAAUGAAAGCUGUUCAAGUCGGUGAAUUUGAAUAUGAACUCUAUCUUCGAUAUGAUCUUUAUACAAAACGUAAUACACAAUGGUUUUAUUUUCGUUUACAAAAUAUUCGAACUAAUAGACGAUAUCGUUUUACUAUUGUUAAUUUUUUUAAACCUACAAGUCUUUAUAGUAGUGGCAUGAAACCUUUGAUGUAUAGUGUAAAUGAUGCAGAAAAUAGAGGAAUUGGGUGGCGACGAUGGGGUGAAGAAAUAGUCUAUUACAGAAAUAAUCUACCUACACCUGAUAAUCCCUCAUCAAAUAUGUAUUCACUUACUUGGACAUGUAAAUUUCCAAAUGAUAAUGAUACAUAUUAUUUUGCUCAUUGUUAUCCAUAUACAUAUUCUGAUUUACAAGAUUAUUUAAAUGAUAUUCAAAAUGAUCAUAUAAAAAGUCAAUAUUGUAAACAAAAAGUUCUUUGUCGAACAUUAGCUGGUAAUUUUAUUUAUUUACUUACAAUAACAAGUCCAACAACAUCAAUAAGUUCUAUAAAUGUAUCUACAUCACCUGAACAACAAAUAAAAAAAGGUGUUGUUGUUACAGCACGUGUUCAUCCUGGUGAAACAAAUGCAUCAUGGAUGAUGAAAGGAUUAUUAGAUUUUUUACUUAGUGAUUCUGCUGAUGCUAAAGUUCUUCGAGAUAAUUUUAUUUUUAAAAUUAUUCCAAUGCUUAAUCCCGAUGGUGUUAUUGUUGGCAAUUAUCGUUGUUCAUUAUCGGGUCGAGAUUUAAAUCGAAAUUAUAAAACAAUAUUGAAAGAUGCUUAUCCUUCUAUUUGGCAUACAAGAGAAAUGAUCAAAAGAUUUAUGAGUGAAACAGAACUUAUUUUGUAUUGUGAUUUUCAUGGACAUUCAAGAAAACAAAAUGUUUUUAUUUAUGGUUGUGAAAAUAAACAUUUACCAAAUGAACGAUUAAAAGAAAGAAUUUUUCCCGCAAUGCUAUCAAAAAAUGAUCCAGCUAAAUUCUCAUUUUGUUCAUGUAAAUUUAAAGUACAAAAAAAUAAAGAAGGAACUGGACGUGUAGUGAUGUGGGCAAUGGGUAUUUUGAAUAGUUAUACAUUAGAAGCUACUUUUUGUGGAUCAACACAACAGGAUCGAACAGGUCAUCAAUUUACUACAGAAGAUCUUGAAUCUAUUGGUUAUCAUUUUCUUGAUUCUUUACUUGAUUAUUGUGAUCCAGAUCAUACGAAACGUGAUAGAAUAUUGCAUGAAUUAGAAGAUACUAUACGACAUACAAUUCAAAUGAAACUUCUUUCACGUGGUAUUAAUGCAACAUCAUUAGAUGAUAUUGAUUUAGAUCAAUGGUCAUCUGAAGAUGACUCAAGUGAUGAUGGAGGAUCAGAUUCAUCAAUUGAUGAUGGUCUACCAAAACAUUUAGAAGUUAUUGCUGCUGCUAAAAUUCAAUUGAAAAAAACUCGAAAGAAAAAAUCAACUACAAAAGCAUCAAAAGAAUCAAAAAGAAAAGAUGAAAUUGAUAAAGAAAAUAUUGACAAGGUUGAUGAUACACGUAAACCAACACCACCGUCGAUACAACGACCUGAUAAUAAUAGUGAUUCCAUACGAUAUGAUGGAUCGAAUGAAACGAAUAAUCGACCAAGUCGAUGGCCAGUAUUAUCAAGAACAAAUAAUGUAACCAAUCGAAUGACACCAUCUGAUGAAAAGGCACAACGGUCACAGAAAGAAAAGCGUCAAUUAUCUCGACCGCUUUCAGAUGAUGAUAUCUUACUAACAUCUUCUUCUCUUUUUCCAUCACAGCAAUCAUCAACAAAAAAGGCAUGUGAACCAGGUAUUGAACGUGAAUCAGUUCCAAAUGCAACAAGUCUUUCAACAACUAUGUAUCCAUUAUUAGCAUCAACUUCUCGCAUUGAUGAAGAUAAUUCUGUUGAAGUUAUUAUUGAUACUGAAGGUGAGUUAGAUAUAAGUCGAAUAACAACAGGAAAUCAAAGUGAUGAUGGACGCCAACAAAUUAAUAAUUAUGUCACCAAUCGAGUUUCUACACAUUUAAACGAACGUUUCUUAGGUAUACCUCGAUCUCAAGGACGACCAAAAUCAUCAACCGUAAUUAAUUUACAAAAUCGUUCUAUUCUUGAUAUACGAGCAAUACAACCACCCAUUCAAACAUCCAAUCCAAAACGUAUUAGUGAACAAUAUCAGCAACAACGCCAACGAUUAGCUACGGGCGGUGGUAAACAAAGUUCUGCUGAAUUAGUUGAUAAAUCAAAUUGUUUAACAACGCGUUCUCUAGCAAUGCCAGGAAACGAAAAAAAAGCAGACGAAACAUCAUCUAAUCACGAAAAUUCAUCAUCAACUACUGAGAAACUUCUUCCUCUACGACCAGAUAAUAUACCAAUUAAUCUUGUUUCUCGUUAUGAACCAGCGACAUUGAAUCAUUUAACAUCAUUAAAUAGAAUACAGACCAUCCCUGGUAUGAAUGCUAUUCUAGGACAGACGGGCAGUGGUAAAUCAUCUCUAUUGGAUAUUUUGGCUGAUCGAAAAGAUCGACAAGGUCUCACAGGACAAGUUCUCAUGGAUGGACAACCGCAAGGAUCUGAUUUCAAAUAUCGAGUCGGAUAUGUUGUUCAAGAUGAUAUUCUGAGUGGCACUUUGACGGUGCGAGAAAACUUGGCAUUUUCGGCUAAUGUUCGAUUACCUCAAAAUGUUUCGACUAAAGCCAAGAAAUCAAUUAUUGAUGAAGUCAUACGACAAUUAGAUUUGGAAAAAUGUGCUGAUUCGAAUGUAGGCAACGAAUUUCAACGUGGUGUAUCUGGUGGUGAACGCAAACGAACAAAUAUUGGCAUGGAGCUAGUUCUUUCGCCUAAUGUUCUCUUUUUAGAUGAACCAACAACAGGGUUGGAUUCAUCAACAGCUCGUAAUAUCAUGGAACAUCUUCAUCAAUUAUCAAGAUCAGGCCGUACAAUAAUUUUCUCGAUUCAUCAGCCUCGUUAUUCGAUAUUCAAAUUGUUCGAUACUCUUUUCGUGAUUGCUGCCGGUCAUUGUAUUUAUCAUGGUCCAACUAGUGAUGUUCUUCCAUUUUUCAUAUCUAUCGGCUUCACUUGUGAAGAACAUGAUAAUCCUGCUGAUUUCAUUCUCGAUAUAUGUCAAGGCGAUUAUCGAUCAGUAUUGUCAUCAAUCGAAUACUCUAAUGAGAUCGAACCAGAAAAACAAAAAAGCCAAUUUGCUCAUGACCUAUAUAAAUUCUAUGUUCAAUCAUCGGUUUAUAUUGCAAUUAAAAAACAAAUUGAUGGUAUGAAUAAUUUUACCAAUGGUUCACCAGUAGUUACGAUUGAUACACCUCAAUUGCCGAAAAAAUCACGUCUACAGGAAAUUUUCUAUGUAUCACAACGAACAUUUAGAAAUGCAUUUAGAAAUCCAGCACUUGUUGGCAUGCAAACAGCUAUGUCAAUUUUUCUAGGUGUACUUAUCGGUUUGAUCUACAUGAAUACCGAUCGUUCAUUAGAUAGUGGAUUAAAAAACCGUAUUGGUGCUAUUUUUUUUAUUGUCACCAAUCAAGUAUUCGGCAGUCUAUCAGCACUUGAUGUCUUUAUCAAAGAACGCAAUUUAUUUCAACAUGAAAAUGCCAGUGGUUAUUAUCAUGUAUCUACUUAUUUCAUAUCGAAAUUGAUUUGUGAUAUUAUUCCACUACGAACCAUUCCAUCAGUUCUUUUCUCGGUGAUUGCCUAUUUUAUGAUUGGUUUUCAACAAACAUUUACAAAAUAUUUUAUCUUCUUUUUCGGUAUCUUGACUACCACACUCUGUUCAUCGUCCUUAUGUUUUGUCAUUUCGGCCAGUGUGCAAGUGUUCGGCGUGGCCAAUGUGGUUGCAGCUAUGUUUUGUGUAUUAACAUUAGUAUUUAGUGGUUAUCUAGUUGAAAUCGAAUCUGUUGUAAUAUUUCUUUCAUGGAUCAAAUGGAUUAGUAUAUUUCGAUAUUCAACAAAUAUAUUUAGUAUCAAUGAAUUUAGUGGUUUACAACUUUGUUUGCCCAAUAAUACAGAUAUUUGUCCGGUUGAUGGUAGAAAAAUUUUGAAAGAUCAAAAAAUUGAUUAUUCAUCCGAAUGGGAUCUAUGGAAAAAUUUUAUAGCAUUAGGUGGUAUUAUGUUGGGCUUUCUGAUUUUAACCUAUAUUCAAUUACGUCGUAUGAAGAAAACCAAAUAA